GAUGGCGGCCCCCAGGAAUGCGGAGGGAGCAACCAUGGCGGAGGAGGAAGCUGAGAGCGCGGGGCGGCGGAGGAGAUCAGGGGUGGAGGUGCUGGUUUCCCAGGACACCUCGCGCCCCGCUCCUCAGUGUCCCCAUGGUCCUACUCUUCUCUUUGUAAAGGUCAACCAAGGUAAAGAAGAAGCUCGAAGAUUUUAUGCUUGCUCAGCUUGUAGAGAUAGAAAAGACUGUAAUUUCUUUCAGUGGGAAGAUGAAAAGUUGUCAGAAGCUAGACUUGCUGCCCGAGAAACUUACAACAGACGUUGCCAACCUCCCCUGUCUCACAAGCAGUAUGUAGAAAGGUAUUGGAAGUUUAUUGAACUGCCUUUAUCUCAAAGGAAAUUUUGCCAAAGAUGUCAACAAUUGCUGUUACCAGAUGAUUGGGGAAAGCAUUGUGAUCACCAGGUACUUUGUGAUAUCUCCAUUGCUCAGCUGAAGAGACCCAGUCAACUCCUUUAUCCACUGGAGAAUAAGAAGACAAAUGCUCAGUAUUUGUUCACGGACAGAAGUUGCCAGUUCUUACUGGACCUAAUUUCCACUCUUGGAUUCAAAAAAGUCCUGUGUGUUGGAACACCAAGGCUGCAUGAGCUGAUCAGAUUGAAAGCAUCAGGCGACAAGGAGUCUGACGUUAAAAGCCUUCUGCUGGAUAUUGAUUUUAGGUAUUCACAAUUUUAUACAGAAGAGAUCUUCUGCCAUUAUAACAUGUUUAAUCAUCAUUUCUUUGAUGGAAAGGCUGCUCUUGAAACUUGUAGAAAAUUCUUACAGGAAGAUAAAGGUGGAGGACUCAUUCUGGUGACAGAUCCUCCUUUUGGAGGCUUAGUAGAAUCACUGGCUGUUACCUUCAGGAAGUUUAUGGAUAUGUGGAAAGAGGAACAAAGCCCAGAUAAUAAUAGCAAGGAACUACCAUUAUUUUGGAUUUUCCCCUAUUUUUUCGAAUCUCGAAUUCUUCAGUUUUUUCCAAGCUUCAGUAUGCUGGAUUACCAGGUAGAUUAUGAUAAUCAUGCACUUGACAAACAUGGAAAAACAGGUCGAAAACAGACUCCUGUGCGUAUUUUCAAUAUUCCUCCCAACAAAAUAAUUCUUCCAGCAGAAGAAGUAGGAUACAGGUUUUGUACUGUAUGUCAACGUUAUGUUUCUUUAGAGAACCAACACUGUGAGAUCUGCAAUUCAUGUACAUCUAAGGAUGGCAGGAGGUAACAUUGCCUUCUUUGUAUAAAAUGUGUCAAGCCCUGUAACGCUUGGAUUCACUGCAGCAUUUGCAAGUACUGUGCACUUCCAAAUCAUUCGUGUGCGGGUGCUAAAGAUGGUUGCUUUAUAUGUGGUGAAGCAGAUCAACGUACUACAUGUCCUAAUUUCUCUGCAUCUAAAAGAGCUAACAAGGCUGUCAGAAAACAGACAAAAAAAAGUAACAAGAUGAAAAUGGACACUAAAGGACAAUCUAUGAAUCAUGCAACUGUUACAAGGAAAAAGAAAAAGAAGAAAAGAGGACAUCAAUAUCCUUGCUCUUAAAUGUCCAGUGACCUGAGAAUAAGAUUUACAGCUUAACCUUUGGAGCCAUUUUCUGAAAGUGCUAUACUGGACUUAAAUUCUGUUACUUUGAAAGACGUGCACCUUGAGAAACUUAAUAUUGUCAGGUAGUGUUCUCUCUAGUAUAGGUGUUCUUAAUAUGAACCCAUUUUUAGAAUGAUGUUUUUAAAUGCAUAAAACAAAAUCCUUAAAUUAUUUUUAAAAACUGAUUAUACUUAAAUAUAGUUAUCAGAUUUU